AUGGCUGAAGAGAAUAUUUCACAAGUUAAAGAGAUGAUUCCUGAUGAGAGCUGUUGUUUCCAUGAUGCAAAACCAAUGAAAAUCAUUGAAGAAACCUCUGUUCUUCCUCCUCCAGCUGUAUCCAAUGGUCAUGUGAGUUUGAGACGGUACUCGACUGGAGCGUUAGAUAAAAGAGGACCACCAGGAAGUAAAGCUCAGGCUCAAACUCGUUACCGUGGGAACCAAACUAGUUCAACUCAUGAUCUUUGUAAACACGGGAAGAGACGUGAGGAUGAUUUAGUAAUCAAACCGUGGAAGCUGGUUAAGAACAAGAAUGUUGAGUGUGGAGGAGGUUUGGUGAAAAAUGAGACAUUGAGUUUGGUGAGGAAGUCGUUGGUAAGUGUUUCUAAACCUGACAAGUCGUUGCAUGUUUCAAAGAGAGAUCCUGCUGCUGCUGCUAGUGAGGUAGUCAAAUCUUGUCAUGGUGUAAAGGCUAAGAGAAGUGAAACAAGGAGUAGUACUAUCACUCCUAGUGAUUCAGCUUCUGUAAGAAUGGUCAAGAAGGCAAAUGUUGAUGUUGAGAAGGUGAGCAAGAGUUCUAAGAGAAGUGAAACAAAGAGUAGUAUCACUCCUAUUGAUUCAGCUGUUGGCUUAAAAAUGGUCAAGAAGACAAGUGUUGAUGUUAAGAAGGUGUCAAUGAUCAACGAGAGCAAGAGUGCUAAAGAUGAUGUAUUGAAGAAAGAUAAGAAGACUAAGAUUGAUGAACCGGUUAGAUGUGAUGAUGUGUUGGAGAAGACUUUGUAUGUUGUUGAAUCCAUUAUUGAGGAGAAGAAGAAGAGCAUUAAAAGUGUUAAGAGUGAGGUUAAGCCAUCACCUGAGAAGAAAAUCUUAAACGGCAGUUUAAAGAAGAGUCUUACACUUUUACCAUCCUUGUUCCCAUCCUCUAAGCAGGUUAAAGAACCAUGGGUUACAAGAACAGAUCCUAGGCCAAUAAGAGAGAUGCCUUCAAGGUCCAAGACUGGUUUCUCUGAGAGGAAAGAGAGUGGUUCUGCAACUCUUGUAGCUAGUUCCAAAACCGAAAGCAAGAUUAAGCUCAAGAAGAUUGGUUUAAAGGCUACUCCUAGUCCUGAUCCUCCAACUAAGCCGCUGAGUUUCAAGAAAGGCAAAGUUCUUGAACCGAAAACAGAAGAUUCCACUCCUGCAUUGAUCAAAUUCAAGAAGAGAGUUGUUCAAGAACCAAAACUUAGAAGCGAUGUGAACAAGAAGAACCUGAAAGACAAACGAGAAGGUCUGGAUAAGAGUUAUAACAUUGGUGAAGGUAAACGAGAGAAUGUUGUUUUGAGGCAUAGAAAAGUGGAACCAAAGAAGAAAGUGCAGACACUUUCCAAUAAGGUGAUUGAAGAGACUGUGAAUAAGCUUGAAGAAGAGAAGAAGAGUAAAGUUAGAGCAUUGGUUGGGGCUUUUGAAACUGUAAUCUCUCUUCAAGCCAAUGAUAAAACAUAUCAGAGGAAGAAGAUUCAGUGUAAGCCCACAUCUUCACAAAUUUGUUGAAGGCUAUAGUCCUUUGCCUGCUUAAAAUCAAAUAGGAGAAAGAGAUAAAUCUUUUAUAUUUUGUUACACAGUUCUUGAAUCUUGUAAUGUAAAAUUUUCUAUGAAAUCAAUCAUCUAUUUCCAGUAUCUGGUUGGGUGCUG